AUGUCCGUGUGUUUCUUUGUGCCUGCUGAUCAAGCUGGUCCAUCGACUGUAGCAGAGGCAUGUGAAGUAGACGGCGACGUGGUAGGCGAAGAACAUUCCACUGCGGAGACUUCGCAUCAGACCCUUCAGCAGUUUUGGAACAAAGUCACUGAAGAUAUAAAGAAAGUUAAUUCUGAAGACUUCAAAUCCCAAGCACUCCCGUUAGCCCGCAUAAAGAAAAUAAUGAAACUGGACGAGGAAGUGAAAAUGAUAUCGGCAGAAGCACCUGUACUUUUCGCAAAGGCGGCUGAAAUCUUUAUACACGAGCUCACGCUCAGAGCCUGGUCGCACACAGAAGAUAAUAAGAGGAGGACUUUGCAGCGUAACGAUAUAGCAAUGGCUAUAUCAAAAUGCGAUCAGUUUGAUUUCCUGAUCGACAUCGUACCCCGGCAUGAAGUGAAGCCACAGCCGGUCAACAAGCCACGAUAUGAGGCACCCAGGAGCAGCCCUCCUGCAGAACAGCUGUCGGCGCAGCACGCGGCGGCGCUGCAGGGCGCCGCGCAGUCGCAGGUCAUCGUACAGCCUUGCGCGCAGGUCGUACAGACGUCACCUGGAACGGCAUCGUCGUCGAACAACGUGGCGGUGUCACAACAACCUGUGACAUUGAUGCAACAAGUCGUCACGCCAUCCGGGGAACUACAGCAGCUGCCGAUCCAACUAACUCAGGCGCAACUGAACAUGAUCCGUAUGCAAGUACAGAACAACCCGAACCAGCCUAUAAUAAUACAAACACAGCCGCAGCAGUCCCAAAUUAUACAGGUAUCAUCCCAACAGCACCAGCCUCAACAACAAGUGUUCUUAGCGCAAGUGGCAAGCUCACAGGAAGAGUCCUAG